UGUUUCUGUUCUCCUGACUAUCUCUAUGCUCACUUGGUCCGUCUGUAUCUUUGUUCAGCUGUUCCCUCAGUGGCUGAGGAGCUCAGAAGCCCAUGUCUCACCUUCCAGUCAUGACCAGGACCAGGACAUCCCUCCUCCUGUUGAUGGGCUUGGCUUCCUCUCUUUGUUUCAACUUGGACACAGAGCAGCCAACAACCUUCCUUAUGGAGAGUGCUGGGUUUGGAUACAGUGUGGUCCAGUAUGCCAACUCCUGGGUGGUGGUUGGAGCCCCCCAGGAGAGAAAGGCUGCCAACCAAACAGGUAGCAUCUACCAGUGUCAGUAUAGUACGGGCAAGUGUAAGACCAUCCAGCUGAACAUCCCCCCAGAAGCUGUGAACAUGUCCCUCGGCAUGUCCCUGGCAACCUCCACCAACCCUUCUCAGCUGCUGGCCUGUGGCCCCACAGUGCACCAUACAUGCAACGAGAACAUUUACUUGACUGGGUUCUGUUUCCUGCUGGUUUCCCCUUCCUGGCAGCCCCAGAGGCUCCCGCCUGCCCUGCAGGGGUGUCCAAGGCAGGACCAGGAUAUUGUGUUCCUGAUCGAUGGCUCAGGCAGCAUCUCCCCCUUUAAUUUUGCCACGAUGUUGGAUUUUGUGAAGGCUGUGAUGAGCCAGUUCCAGAGACCUAGCACCCAGUUCUCCCUGAUGCAGUUCUCCGACCGUUUUCGGGUGCACUUCACUUUCAAAAAAUUCAUGAACAGCGCAAGCCCACUAGGCCUGUUGUAUUCUGUACCACAGCUGGGAGGGUACACUCACACAGCUACAGCCAUCGAAAAGGUCAUAAACGAACUGUUCAGUGCCUCAAAUGGGGCCCGAAAAGAUGCCUCCAAGAUCCUUAUUGUCAUCACUGAUGGUCAGAAACAAGGCGACCGCCUGGGUUAUGAGGAUGUCAUCCCUAGAGCUGAAGCUGCAGGCAUAAUCCGCUAUGCAGUUGGGGUGGGAUCGGCUUUUCAAAACUUACGUUCCGUACAAGAAUUAAAUGCCAUUGCAUCGAAGCCCUCCCAUGAGCACAUUUUUACAGUGGAGAAUUUUGAUGCGUUGAGAGACAUUCAAAACCAACUGAAAGAGAAGAUCUUUGCCAUUGAGGGUACACAGACCAUAAGCAGUAGUUCCUUUGAACUGGAGAUGUCCCAGGAGGGCUUCAGUGCUGUGUUCUCACCUGAUGGCCCAAUUCUGGGGGCUGUGGGGAGCUUCAGCUGGUCUGGAGGAGCCUUCCUGUAUCCCCAAAAUAAGAGCCCCACUUUCAUCAAUAUGUCUCAAGAGAAUGUGGAUAUGAGAGACUCUUAUCUAGGUUACUCCACUGAGCUGGCCUUUUGGAAGGGGUCAGAGAGCCUGAUCUUGGGGGCUCCCCGCCAUCAGCAUACUGGGAAGGUUGUCAUCUUCACCCAGGAGUCCAGACAAUGGAGGCCAAAGGCUGAAGUCACAGGGACCCAGGUUGGCUCAUACUUUGGGGCCUCCCUGUGCUCUGUGGAUGUGAACAGAGAUGGCAACUCUGACCUCGUCCUCAUUGGGGCUCCACAUUACUACAAGCCAACCCAGGGGGGCCAGGUGACCGUGUGCCGCUUGCCCCUGGGGAGGACUAGGCAGCAGUGUGAGGUCAUUCUCUGUGGGGAGCAGGGCCACCCUUGGGGCCGUUUUGGAGCAGCCCUGACAGUGCUGGGGGAUGUGAAUGGGGACCAGCUGACAGACGUGGCCAUCGGAGCUCCAGGAGAGCAGGAGAACCAGGGUGCUGUCUACCUAUUUCAUGGAACCUCAGAACUGAGCAUCAGCACCUCCCACAGCCAGCGGAUCUCAGGCUCCCAGCUCUCCCCCAGCCUCCAGUAUUUUGGGCAGUCACUGAGUGGGGGUCAGGACCUUACCUUGGAUGGACUGGUGGACCUGGCAGUGGGUGCCCGGGGACAGGUGCUAUUGCUAAGGACAAGACCUGUGCUCAGGGUGUGGGUGAACAUCCAAUUCACAUCUGCAGAGAUUCCCAGGUCUGUGUUCGAGUGUCAGGAUGAAACAGCUUCUGUCAAGGCACUGGGUGAUGCCAAAGUCUGCCUUCAUAUUUUUGAAAGUCUCAAGAAUCAGCUGGGUGACCUCCAAAGCUCUGUGACCUUUGACCUGACCCUCGACCCUGGCCGUAAGAAUCCCCGUGCCAUCUUUGAGGAGACAAAAGCCCGGAAUCUGACUCGUGUCCAAGACCUUGGGCUGAGACGGUACUGUGAGACCGUGAGGUUGCUUCUCCUGGCAUGUGUGGAGGACACGGUGACCCCCAUCACCUUGCGUCUCAACUUCUCCCUGGUGGGCAAACCUAUCUCUUCCUCUAGAAACCUCCGACCUAUGUUGGCUGUGGAUGCUCAGCGAUACUUCACCGCCUCUCUUCCUUUUGAGAAGAAUUGUGGAACUGACCAUGUCUGUCAGGAUGAUCUUGGCAUCUCCUUUGACUUCUCAGGCUUGGAGACUCUGGUGGUGGGGAGUACCCUGGAACUGAAUAUGAAAGUGACAGUGUGGAAUGAUGGUGAAGACUCCUAUGGAACCACAGUGACCUUCUUCUACCCGCCAGGGCUGUCUUAUCGUCGUGUGACGUGGAGCGAGAACCAGCAGCGGGCACACUCCCCACGCCUAACCUGUGAUGGCACCCCAGCCCAGGGUCAGAGUACUCAGAGCACCAGUUGCAGCAUCAACCACCUCAUCUUCCAUGGGGGAGCUAAGAUGAUCUUCACGGUCACCUUUGACGUCUCUCCUAACGCCAUACUGGGUGAUCGGCUGCUUCUGACAGCUAAUGUGAGCAGUGAAAAUAAUACUCCCAGGACCAGCAAGACCACCUUUCAGAUGGAGCUCAUGGUGCAGUACGCCAUCUACACUGUGAUAAGCAGCCAUGAACAGUCUACCAAGUACCUCAACUUCUCAGGCAUGGACCAGGAGGAAAGCAAGCAGGCUCAGCAUAGAUACCAGGUGAUCAAUCUGGGACAGAGGGACCUGCCUGUCAGCAUCAACUUCUCUGUGCCUGUGGAGCUGAAUGGGGUGCCUAUUUGGACAAAGUUAGAUGUUUUCCACCCCCAGAAUCCCUCCAUUCAGUGUUCUCCAGAGAGAAUGGUGCCCACAGAGUCUGACUUCCUGAGCCACAUUCAGAAGAAUCCUGUACUGAACUGCUCCAUUGCUGACUGCAUGAGGUUCCGCUGUGACCUGCCCUCCUUUGGCAUCCAGGAGGAACUUGACUUCAUCCUGAAGGGCAACCUCAGCUUCGGCUGGGCCAGCCAGACACUGCAGAAGAAGGUGUUGAUUGUGAGUGAGGCUGAAAUCAUAUUCGACAGGUCCAUGUAUUCCCAGCUUCCAGGACAGGAGGCGUUCCUGAGAGCUCAGAUAGAGACAGUCCUGGAGAAGCAGGAGGUCUACAACCCCAUCCCCGUCAUUGUGGGCAGCUCUGUGGGGGGGCUGCUGCUGCUGGCUGUCAUCACGGCCGUCCUCUACAAGGUUGGCUUCUUCAAACGUCAGUAUAAGGAAAUGAUGGAGGAAGCAAAUGGACAGACUGCCCCAGAAAAUGGGACACCAGACCCACAAGUUGCCCAAUAAAAAACUAUCUCCUAUUGUCCCUUGGA